AUGAAUAAAUUAUAUAUACCAAAUCAUAAUGAUGCAGAAAAUUGCCUUAAUGUUGACCCCCCUACGUAUAUGGAUGAAAAUAUUCCCCAAAAAAAUUAUGAAGAAAAAAAUUCAAUUAUAUAUGAUGAUACAAUAGAUAUAAAUAGUGGAAAUGGAAUAAAUGAUAUAACAAUAAGAAAAGAAUUUGAUUUUAUUUUUGAAGAAAAAAUUAAUAAUAUAGUAAAUACAAAUAAAAAUAAUAAAAAUAAUAAAAAUAAUAAAAAUGUACACAUAUCUAAUAUUAUUCGAAUAGAUUAUAAGUCCAUUUUUCGAUAUGCAGCUGAAUCUUCAUCAUUUUUAUGCGCUGUAGGAAUGUGGGGAACUUUGGAGGAUAUAUUUCGCUUGUUAUCAAAAGGGAAUUGUUAUAUUAUGUUUUUUUAUUAUUUGUUUUUUGCAAUAAUUUUUGCAUCCUUAAUUUGUGCAUUUAAUUUAUAUUUUAAUGAUUCAAAUGAUAUAAAUAAAUAUACAUUCAGCGAUUUGGAAAAUCCGGAAUGA